CACAACUAGGUAGAGCUGGUCUCAGACAAACCGUGGAGAUCCAGUGAGAGGAAGAAAAGUGGGCGAUGUUGCAGCUAGGAUCCUGUUUAUGGACAUUGUGGGAAGACUGCUGAUACAGUCCAUCCAAGCUGAGAGGUCGAGGUAGCCUCAUCGCCGCAGUAUUUUUGAUCACUUCUUUAAAGGAAUACAAAAAUGUCGUCUCCAAGUCCAGGCAAGAGGCGAAUGGAUACCGACGUGGUGAAACUCAUUGAGAGCAAGCACGAGGUCACCAUCCUUAGUGGACUCAACGAAUUUGUGGUCAAGUUCCAUGGACCACCUGGAACACCGUAUGAAGGAGGCGUGUGGAAGGUUCGGGUGGACCUGCCAGAUAAAUAUCCCUUCAAAUCACCAUCAAUAGGAUUCAUGAAUAAAAUCUUUCAUCCCAACAUUGAUGAAGCGUCAGGCACUGUGUGUUUAGAUGUCAUAAACCAGACAUGGACAGCUCUCUAUGACCUCACCAACAUCUUUGAGUCGUUCCUCCCGCAGCUGCUCGCCUACCCCAACCCCAUUGAUCCUCUGAACGGGGAUGCAGCCGCCAUGUACCUGCACCGACCAGAGGAUUAUAAACACAAGAUCAAAGAGUACAUCCAGAAGUACGCCACAGAGGAGGCCCUAAAGGAACAGGAGGAAGGAGGGGGCGACUCUUCUUCCGAGAGCUCCAUGUCAGACUUUUCGGAGGAUGAGGCUCAGGACAUGGAGUUGUAGUGAAGGGAGAGAUCCUUUCCACUUCACCUCACAACAGACUAUCAUUUCCUAAGAGCAGAAACUCAGUACUAUAUUCAUAUUUAAACAAGACAAUUUUUUACAGCAACACAAGGAUUUUUAUUGCUACACAAGGAUUUGCAGUAUGAUAUUGCAGAAUAUUUACCCUUAUUUAGGAAUUCAUCACCUGCCCCUUCCCACCUCCUCCUUACCCGACAGAGCCUUUGUAGAUCAGAAAGGAGUGCAUCAUUCGAUUCCAUGAUCUUUAGUGGCUUUAGGCAAGGCGCUCGCACUCACCGAGUCUAAGCAGGAGGCAAGAGGACUGUCAUCAAAGCAAAACUACACUGUUUACACUCAGUUUCCUAUUUGGAUCCACAAGACACACCUCACCAGUUUUUCUGUUGUGACAUGCAAGUUUUUUUUUUGUUUUUUUUUUACCAGUAUUCAUUCAACAUUUUACUGCUUCAUCAGGCAUCUUUUCUUCACUGACAGAGCUCUGCAGGAUGACAAUCCACUAUUUGUGAGCGAUCUCAACUUCAGAAGUGCGUGGAUUCUUUUUUUUUUUUUUCACCAUUCAUUGUUUGACACAACUGCCCCAAGGAGCUGCCAUUACAAUCAUCACUUCUGAGGAGCCGAAGACCACAAGCCCACAGCGCGGUCAUGUGUUCGCCGUGUACUGACUGGUGUGGCUGCAGACAGCCUCUCUGACAGGACUGCAUGGCACACACUAUCAAGCAACCAAUGCAUCAACCAUGACAACGCCACAGAAUGUGUGUGUGGGCGUGUGCGUGCGUGCGUGCGUGCGUGCAUGCAUGCGUGUGUGGGGGCGUGCACCUGUGUGUGUGCAUGCAUGAAUGUAACCCAGCGAGAAUCAUGGUGCAUUGAUAACCGUGUUGUACUGAACCCUGAUGCUCAGCAGAAGUGGAGGAGAAGGUUCAUGAUCCUGGUCAUUCUCAUCUUCAAUACCCGUCUCCUCCUCCUCCUCCUCCUCUUCCUCCUCUCCGUUUUAGGAAAGUGUCUGUCAUUCUCUGAGUAUCUUUGUAUAUUGUGGCAUGACACAGAAGUAAAGUUUGUGUAGGGCUUUGUGGAGCUGUAGAAAUGAAGAGGACACCUGUGUGCAGGGCCUCUGUGAACUGGGCGGGGUUUGAUGGGUAUUAUCCAGGUCCUUGUUGAAUUGUUGAACUUCUUAACUUUGCCUAUUGCUUGUGUUGAACUAUAAUAGGUGUUUGACUUGCGUAGGGAUAGUUAGUUUUUUUUUUUUUUGUUUGUUUUUUUUGCGGGUGGUGAAUUUAAUACUCAUAUAACACACUAGUUUGAAGACUAAUUGUCCUGUUAAGAUGAGGAGAAUUAAUACAUCUUUGUCUGUGGGAUGACUCUUUGUUGAAUCAAAUCCUCCAAAGACGUGUUGCACCCCUGCUCCACUGCACCCCUUUUCUUAUGCAAAUGUAUCCAUCAAAGAUAAUUUACAUCAUCAGAGAAGAAGUGCUCUUUGUUUCAGCCAUUCAACACUGUCGCAUUUCCUUUUGUCACACUGUUGAUGGCCUGUUGUUUUCCAAAAUGGCGAGACCAAAAUAUAAUGGCUCUACAAGAUGAGUUUCGUAUAUACCCCCCAACCCCUCAGACUGGAUUUGGGGAUAAAGAGUUUACUUUGAGGUUAAGCGAGAAGAUAAAUAAAUAACUGAAAUGAAUAUUCUCAAAGCGUCAAACUCUUGAGUGGUCAUCUCAGAUUACUUUAAAUUUAAAUUCAGGCACAGGUUUCUUCUUCUUCAGGGGACAGAUUAAUAGCUUUUGCCCUGAAAAGGUCCAUGUGCCUGAUAGCAACUGUGCAGUGGAAGCGUUACCAGAGAAGUGACAGUUUACUGUUAAAUUUCAUGACGGUGCUCUGGUCUGUGUGUAAUGCAGACUUGAAGCCUGAUCAUACAUGUUUGUAACAUGCACUCAACGCACUGUAAAUCAGUUUGUAUUAUGUGUUAUUUCUGUAAGGAAACACAAUUUAGUAUCUUACUUCAUCGCCAUCAAAAUGGGCUAUUUCAUCCUGUUUGCAGAAAAAAGGAUUAUAGACAAAAAUUGAAUCAAUAAUAAUCCCUUUAUAAUUUUUUAGGAUGAUAUCAGGAUCUCUUCCAUGGUGUCUUGCAAGAGGGUUUACCUCCAUUUGAGAAUAACAGGUUAAAAAAACUAGCAUUUCAUAGUUUUUGACAUGACAUUAAAAAUGUAUUUGUUAAAUAGCCUAGUUAAAAUGGCUCUAAUUAGCAUUGGUAACCAAAUAUAUGUUGGUGUAGGUCUUAGGACAACAUGAUACACAGUCAGUUGUCAUGUGCAACAAAAAAAAAAAACACUGUCCAGCCUUGUUGUCUGUUAUCAUCUGGAUUCAUCAGUGUAUUAUGUAUUUUUUAUUAAUGAGACAUAUAUUUGAUGCCUAUAAUUUGUUUUGAAUGUUUUUAUUUUUGUCUUUUAAGCCCGAUGUCCAAGACACAAGUCAAGAUAUCCCUGAUUUUUUUUAAAAGCAAAAAAUGAAUAAAUGUGCUUCCCUUGUAACUUGAAGACAGAAAUAAACAACAAAA